AUGGCUAUCAUUUGUGCUUUUAUGUUACUUAUUUGGACAAUUUUUGCUGGAGAAAGCAAGGGCCUGCUUUUCCAUGACGACAAAAACCCAUUGCCAGUUACAACUAUUGGGCCUAUGGGAUUGGAAGCCACUGUUUCCCUUCUGGUUCAGGAGGUGAUGAGACUGCAAGAAGAAUCAAAGAUACAAACUGCAAAAGUUAAAAACCAAGAAGAUGAAAUUACGAAUUUAAAAAUGUUACUCAGCGCAGAAAACACGACGACAUCUUCAGCAACGAAUUUUCUGACUAGUGAAUUAAUGACAAUCAAAAUGUCUUUAAGUUCUAUCAGGCAAGAUUUUGACCGGAAAUACAAUGCAUCAGGAGUACAAGCUAUUUUAAACAGACUGGAAAAUAUGGCACAAUCAAUACGGUAUCUGACUUUAUCUCUUCAUGAUGAGGAAUUAAAAUCUCAAGUGAACAACCGCACCCUUCACCAAGAAAUUGUUCAACUGAAAACAACACUCAGUGUUCUUAUUUACGACGUAGAAACCGUAAAUGCCACUGAGAAAGCUUCUGUUGGUCACCUACAAUCCCAAAUUUCUGCCUUGCAAUCAUCAGUUCAUAGUCUGUUAACAAAAUCAUCUUCGAUGCAAACGCAUAUUCAAACCCUCGAAUCGAAAUCGAACUCUUUACAAACCUUAGUAAACGGUCUCCAAUCAAAGUCAUCUUCUUUGUCGUCCAAUGUAACUUCUUUGGACAGCAAAAUGUUGAACUAUUUCCGCCAUUUUGUAAUGGAAGGAUAUUACCAUAAUCAUCUGACCACAGCGUUAAAGUACCAGAGUAUACGUCUGCGUGGAGGGAAUUCCACUGCAGGUCGCGUAGAGAUACUUGUGAAUGGUGUAUGGGGAACAGUCUGUGACGAUACUUUCGAUAAUAACAAUAAUGCUGCUAAAGUUGUUUGUCGUUCACUUGGAAAACCUUGGCAAAACGCAGUUCAUCAUGGAGCUGAUGUUUAUGGACAAGGAGAGGGUAUGCUUAUUCUUCUUGAUGAUGUGAGUUGUAAUGGAAAUGAAGGAAAUAUUAACAGCUGUAGCCACAGCCAGUAUGGAUAUCACAACUGCGGACAUAGUGAGGAUGUUGGUGUAACAUGCAAUGGAAAUUCAUUUAGAAAAUUCUUUGAAACUGUCAACAAAAUCGUAUUUUUUGAAAAUGAACUUCAAAGAGAUUUUGCCAAUAUUGCUUUUUAUCAUGUAAAUGGCGAGCAAAUUGUUAAAGCACAUAAUUUUGUAAGGUCCCUACGUCGGCAAAUUGAGAUACUGGCAAAACUGGAUAAACCCGAUAUUGAAUUGAUUCAGGAGAAACUAGGGUAUUGCCUGUAUACCAUACAAGCUUUCUAUAGUAAUACGAACUGGGUGGAGAUGUAUGGAGAUACACACUAUCCAGAUUUUGGCCAAGAAAAUGUAACGCUGAUUGGAAUAUCAAGUUCUGCAGAAAAAUCAUGUAAAAAUUGUCCAAUAGAUAAAAGUGGCAUUUAUCUCUGUACUGAUAAUAUCAUCACCUCCAAGUUAACAAGUAGUUACAUGGCAAACCAGGACAUAUCAAAACCUACUGAACCGUUAGGUGCAAAUCUAGGUAAAUGCAGUCACGGAACGGCAGACGACAGUUCGCGCCAUUUUCCUGCAACUGGUGGUAUUUAUAAAGGUCGUGUAUCACCUGAGGAAUCACCACAUCAUGGAUGGCACCAUCAAGCGUGGGAGGCGGCGGCCAAGGCGACGCAUCACUUUUUAAUGGAUGAAAAAACAGGUUUGAUAAAUAUCUUAGGCCAAGAUAUUUUUAAGGAAGUUCUGCAUAUCAAAUCAAAACAAGAGGUCAUUAAAAAAUCAUUGGCUUUUGUAAUUGAUGUCACUGGAUCGAUGGGGGACGACAUUGAAGGCGUGAAGAGGGCAACAGUGAAAUUGGUUGAAGAAUCUAGAAACUCUAUUUUUGUUCCAGAAAAAUACAUCCUUGUUACAUUUAGUGAUCCAGAACACUUGACCACGGGUAGAGAAACUAAAGAUUGGAGCCAAAUGAUAGACUUCUUACAAUCUUUAAGUGUGACUGGAGGAGAUGAUUGUCCUGAAUAUGCCAUGUCAGGAAUGCUUCUAGCAAUCAACAUGUCAAAUGCAGGGUCACAGAUUAUCCUUUGCACUGAUGCUGGUGCCAAAGACGAAGACAAAUCUAGUGAAGUUAUAAAGGGUCUGAAGUCUAAGUCUUUGGAAGCUGUAUAUCUACUGACAGGCACCUGUACCUCAAGGAAAAGAAGAGACACACAUAGACAGAAAAGGGCCACUGGAUAUAAAGUGUUUGAAGAUAUAGCGACUGAAACAGGAGGUCAAGUAGUGAAAACAAAUACAGCAGAGAUAGAGACUGUCGUGGAAAGAGUAGUAAAGACAAGCUUACCAUCUGCAAUAGUCAAUAUUAAGUGGUAUACAUGGGUAACAUCAGCUUCUUCUGAUUUCAAAAUAGAAGUGGAUAGUUCCAUAAAGGCAUUGAUAAUUCAGAUCUCUGGACCGUCCACAAAUUCUGAUAUCACAGUCAAAGAUCCAAACGAUGCAGAAGUGACGUUCUCCACAGAGGGACGAAAGAUUUCUACCACUUCUAAUAAUAUGACCAUUUCUAUUCAGUCUCCAAUGGCUGGAAAUUGGACACUUAAAAGGAACACCAACUCCAUCACGUGGGAUACAAAUGUGACAGCACAAAGUGAAAUUGACUUCUCGACAAACCUCCUAGAGACCGCCGAAGACGGGAUGUUAUACCAAGUUUAUACUAAUCCGGUUAAAGGUUCAAAUUACACAUUAGCUGUGGACGUACAAAAUUUACCGGAAAAUGCCACUAUCAACAGGGCUUUUCUUUUGAAUGACAAAUGGUCAAAAAUAUACAAUUUGGAACUUACUCAGGUGACAUCGGAAGGAGUUUCCAGAUUUGCUUCUGCGAUGACAGUUGACCAAAAAGUAAGCGGUAUACAGAUAGAAGGUACAGAUGCAUCUGGAAAUAUAAUUGCUAGAGUCACCCGUUUUGACAUCACCCCCGUUGGUGUUCGAUUAAAGAUCCUUCCAUCUACAAAUGAUCUUCAAUUGAAUAAAGAAGAAAUGAUAUCGUAUCAACUGACAAAUACAGGAAAUGUUGAAACCAACUUUAAAGUCAAUAUUGCUGAUGACAAGGGUUUUCUCAGAUCAUCUAAUAGCACGACAAUUAAUCUUCAAGCUGGAGAAACUGUCGUGAAUACGAUCGAUGUAAAUGGAACCGUCAGUGGAUCUACAUUGAAGCUGCAGCUGACUGUUUUCCUGUGGAACUCGACAGAAGUUUUGCAAACAGAAUCGAAGAAGUAUUAUGUAUCUGAUGUUCAGAGGCUUGAAUGUAAAAUCACUUACCAAUCACCUCAAUGUCCUGUUGAGUCCUUGACAACCAAAACCUGUGAUGACUACAACUGGAAUGGAUCAACAGAAAUAGCUUUCUCUUUGAAUAAGCCUUCCCAGAUUGUUGUUUCAAACAGUGACGUUGACGUUCAAUAUGAAAACAUACCCAGCACAAACAAUAGCAUGACUGUUAAUAUCAGUGGACAUUGCUGUAUACAGUCUGUUCAACUCAACGCAUACGACGACGAUGGAUUUUUUGCUAAGUGUGACUUUGUGUUCUCUAAUGGUACAAUUGUGGCUGUUGAACCCGAAACAACAACGGAACUCACUUCAAUAAACACCGAACAAACAACAACGGAAAACUUAUCCACCACAACAGCAAUAACUGAAGCGGAUUCUCUUAGUACAACGGAAAGAGAAUCAACACAAACAACUACGAUUCAACAACAAACUACAAGGGUGGUCACAGAGCUCCAGGAAACAACUUUAUUGGAUUCAAAAACAGAAGAACAAACAACAAUGGAAACCACUGAAGAUAAUACAACAGAAAAAGAGACCACAAUAAUACAUCAACAAACAACAGCUGAUGAGAAAAGCACAAUCACAGCAAGAGUUACAACUUAUGUAACUACCUCAAUUUUCGCUAAAACAACACUCGUUUCUACAACGACAGAUGCUAGAAGUACUAUAAAAGAUCAACCAACGACUUUUGACGGAAGCACAGCAACAACUUAUCAACAAAAAACAACGGAAGAAGAAAGUAAACCGACCACACAAUUGUUAACUACCACAGAGGAAUUGACGACUACAACAAAAAUGGAAACAUCGACCGAAAAAAUAUCAUCAACAAAUAAAGAAGCUACAACUACUGAGUUAGAAACUACAACUAGUCCGUCAACAACAACUGAAGAAAUAAUAUUAACAAAAGAAUUAGCAGAAACAACAUUACAACCAACAAUACAACAAACAAGUAAAACUACAACGGAUGAAGAAAUUACAACAACUCUAACCACUUUACGUUCUGAAUCAACUCAAAACGACAUCGAGACAACACCAACAUCAAAGUUCAACAGUGAUGAGUUGGAGUCAUCACCAAUAUUUCUGACAGUAAUCUCUGGAAGUGGAAUGAUUAUUUUGAUCGUGGCUGUUGUGUUUUCGGUGACAAUGUAUAAAUCCUUUACAAAAAGCAAAGCGACUCAAAAGUCAUCACCAUACUUGAAGGACCCUGCAGAAAACGUUUCUCCCUAUCAAUCAAAUCCCACAGAUUAUGAUGGAAACCCUACCUUCCAAACUCAACCAGCUGUGUUCAGAAGUGUUGAUAACUGGAAUAUGUAG